AUGCAAUGCUGCUUCGUACGGUCUCUCCGUUACAAUCACAUCACCACGAUCGAACCUCAGAUUUUCAGAGGCUUUCCAUUCCUGAAGUACCUUUUGUUGUCUAACAACAACAUAUCACACAUCGAAGCAAAUACAUUUAUUGGGGCACCUCAACUCAAGUCAAUCAAGCUUCUCUACAACAAUCUACAAACAUUCGAUGGAUAUGCGCUGAAUGGAACAGAAAAUCGACUCAGAAACAUCUACCUGAGUAGGAAUUCGCUACGAGUAAUAGAAAACGGGACCUUUCAACUCGUACCGAAGCUAGAGGUUAUUGACCUCUACCAGAAUCACCUAUCUCAACUGACUUCAGGCGUCUUCCAAGAAUUAAAGAACCUUGAACGUCUCUUCCUCGGCAUGAACAAACUCCUUGAUCUUCCUGAAGAUAUCUUCAAAGACCUGUCAUCGUUAGUUUACCUAGACCUGUCCAACAAUUCUCUCUCAUCCCUUACCAUUGAUCUCUUUGUGCAUAUGGAUCAUCUGAUGACCAUUGAUCUCUCUGGAAACAGAUUGGUGCUAUUGAUCGAAGCAAAUACAUUUAUUGGGGCACCUCAACUCAAGUCAAUCAAGCUUCUCUACAACAAUCUACAAACAUUCGAUGGAUAUGCGCUGAAUGGAACAGAAAAUCGACUCAGAAACAUCUACCUGAGUAGGAAUUCGCUACGAGUAAUAGAAAACGGGACCUUUCAACUCGUACCGAAGCUAGAGGUUAUUGACCUCUACCAGAAUCACCUAUCUCAACUGACUUCAGGCGUCUUCCAAGAAUUAAAGAACCUUGAACGUCUCUUCCUCGGCAUGAACAAACUCCUUGAUCUUCCUGAAGAUAUCUUCAAAGACCUGUCAUCGUUAGUUUACCUAGACCUGUCCAACAAUUCUCUCUCAUCCCUUACCAUUGAUCUCUUUGUGCAUAUGGAUCAUCUGAUGACCAUUGAUCUUUCUGGAAACAGAUUGGUUGCUAUUGGCAAUGUUCUUAAUCUUCCAAACAUUCGUCUGGACUUACGUUGGAAUAGUCUACGUCAACUUGACAAUGUGACUUUGGAAAUCUUGACAAACAAUGUUGAAAUUCUGUUUCUGGAAGGCAACCCUUGGGAUUGCAUCUGUGGCCUGGAGCCAUUGCGUCAGUGGUAUCAACAACUCUCCAUAACCAACGAUGAAGACGUCAAGAUUGAUAAUCCAAUAUGUUCUAAUCCAAAUGGACUAGCAAAUCACAAUAUAAGUUCUUUGAACUUUUCUUUUUGCGAGGACAUAGUAGCUAAAAGUAUGGAAACUUCUACGUUGAACGUCAUCCAUGAUGACGGUCAGAAUAGAAACAUCCUAAUGGCUGCUGAUCAGAUGUAUCAAGAUGUCACUAGAAGAACUGAAACUAGUAAAAUAGAUGGUAAAUUGAAUGUUAUCAUUAUUGUGGUUGCUGUUGUAGCGUUUGUCGUAAUAAUCGUUAUCGUCUCUCUCAUAAUCCUCAGGGUAGUUUUGUUAAAGAGGCGUUCCAAUGAUAUAAAAGCAAAUAAAGACUCUGAAAGUAACGGACGAGGAAACUGGGGUGGGGGCGAAACCAGUAUACAAAUAGAGACGAAUGAAUAUGAAUCUUCGAAGGAAGAAGAAGAAGGAGACGUUAAUGAACGCACACCAUUAAAACGCGAGAGAAAUCGUGGAGGCAUAGAUCUGACACCAAAGGAAAGAACAUGCAGGAAAAAUUUGUUUUGAAUAAUAGUUAUGAAAACACACACCGUUGUGUCUAAAUUCAUAUACUGUUUAACCCUUCCACAUGGUUCCUUUAUUGAUUAUACAAUAUUAAAGAUACAAAUUAUACAAUAUAACAUUUACAAUCAAGUAUAAUUUCUCCUUGCCACUUUAGAAUACAUGAAAAUCUUAUAGAUAGGCAAAAAUCAUUUUAAGAAGCAUUCAGAGAGUUUAAAUUUAAAAAAAGAUAAUUGAUAGUUUCAAACAAGAAGUUGAGAGAAACGAAAUGUCAAUCUCAAAGCCGGACCAUUAGACUAAAUUUUGCCAAGGGAUUAGCAAUGUUUUAUUUUGUAUAUUAUAUUCUAAUUUCAAAAUGUUAACCACCUACCCUCUCAAAUCACCAACUCAUCAGCCGAAACUUGACAAAAUACAGACGGCCAUUCUUUCGAAGCUCGUACUCACCGGUCCACACCAGCGUGUGAGAAAAGGCAAAAAGAAGCUAAGUCAUCGGAUUUACGAAA